GUCACAUUCCAGCCUAUAAUUGAAACGUCACUUGUUGGAAAUGGGACAACCAAAUCUCGCUUGAUCCAGAGCGGUCCAUUCGAUGAAAUUACGAAGGAGCUGUCUGAACGGAACGAGGAAGAUCAGCAUGGCCUCCAUAUGGACAAAGUUCUGGAUGAUAAGGAGGUUCUGCAACAAUUGAAAGACGAAAACUUCGACGUCGCUAUAACGGAACUUUUCGACUUCAUUGGGAUGGGUGUUCUGGAGGCGAUCGGUCUCAAGAACAUUAUCGGAGCUCAUUCGGCUAUAAUGAUGGAAGGCACAUCGUUGGCUUUAGGUGUACCUCUGCUUCCGAGCUUCAUACCAGCGUUCUUUGGUGUCACGAAUGACUCGAGCGAUUUCUGGACACGUGCGACGAACCUUUUGUUUACGUGUGUCUCAUGGUAUUUCCAGACAAGCACAGCUAACGUUGCAAAUCAAGUGAUGAAGCGAAGCUUGGACCGAAUGCCACUCCAAUUUGGGUGA